AUGGCUAAAGUAAACUCAGCAGAAAAUGAUAAAGAGUUGAAUGUAGUGGCUACGGUCCAAUGCAUUAGUAUAGAUAUAGGAGAUGCCACCCAAGUUUAUAUAGCAUUCUUGGUUUACUUGUAUCUCAUGGAGAGUGAAAGUUGGCAUGAAGUAAACUGUGUAGGAUUACCAGAACUGCAGCUCAUCUGCCUUGUUGGUACUGAGAUAGAAGAAGGUUUACAGACAAUAGUGCCUACCCCCUCAGUGUAUCCUUCAGGCAUAACAAGAAAAGGGAGAUCUUAA